AUGCCUAGUUCCGGGGCAGUUACUGAAUUGAAUCUACAGAUAAAGGUUACUAUUCAUAUCUCAGGGGCACUGGAGUGGGCUUAUCAUGAGUUCGAAAUGCUGGAUAAUUCUGGCACCGACCAAAUGUCGAUCUUUUAUGGUAAUCUCGUGCUCCUACAAAAUUUGGAGGCUGCUGCUACAGGAGCUGUCCCAAGCAAAUUGCCAUUCUGUGUAGGAGUUUCCGAAUCCCUACUAGGCGAUGGAAGCUCUGCGGCCGAAUAUGCGAGGAUGAUACAGGCAGCCAUAUUUGCUGAUAACAACGGUGGUGUCAUGACAAACCCGGGCCAGGAGUGGGACCUUAUACAAUGUGUCACCAGAGAUGGUUAA